CCAGCCAGUCCGAGCAGAGCCAGCGUCGGCCUUGGCACGGUGCUUGCCUGCAGCGUCUGAUGAGCAAGAGCGUCUGUGUGUUUCGUCUCUCGCACUGCGCCCAGCCCAAUCUCUCCUCUUAACCAGACUUCCCAUCACGCUCCCUAACCACCCUCCCUCGCCCUCCACCCGCAAACCCUCCCUCCCUUCACCCAGCAGCGGCCUGCCCGCAUCCCCAACCUGGCUCGUCCUGUCCAGCAGUCGAGUCGUCCUGGGGCCGCCGUGCUUGUUGCCUGCCAGUCGCCGCCGCGUACAUGGUAGCAAAGGCCAAAAGGAACCAGGCGAACACGCACGACAAGCGACAUGAGAAUGGCCUUGCAGCACCCAUCGGCAAGCGCAUCCCCAAGCAGAAGAGCAACUCCAACCUGCACGCCAACGGCCAUGCGACGCCGCCGCCCGCGAGCAAUCUUCUGGUAGACGGCCAACCGCACACGUCGUCCCACUAUCAGCAGCAGCAGCAGCAACAGCAACACGUCCAUCACAGUUCCCAGAAUCUCUCGUCCGCUCCGCCCCCACCACCACCACAGCAGCAGCAGCAGCAGCAGCACAACUCCCACGCCGCUCACGCCGCCAAUUCCCAGCUCGCUACUCCCUCCGUCCCUACCGAUUCUGCCGCUAUGCCCAAUGUCGCUGUCACAAGUGCUCUGGAAGAGCGCGCCCGCGCCGGCUCUGAUGUCUCGCUCGAUGGCCUCGAGGCCUGCCGCCCCUGCGACGAUUCUGCGCCUACUUCCGGCUCCCUGCUCCGCUCGUCUGCCCCCGGGAACAAAACGCCUCCUGCCUACAUGCCUAAUAUGUUGACGGUUGCUACCACCAUUCUCUCGUCCUGUCCUCUGCGGGACGUCCUCGCCAUCCUCAUAAUCCUUCUACAACUACCACCAACCGUACUCACCGUUGUACAAUUCCUCUUCGCUACCCUCACAUUUGUGCCUCCCCAAGCCGGUACCCCUCUCUCUGCCCUCUCCGCUUUCCCAUCUUUUACCGACAUCUUCCAAGGUUCCGGUGGCACUCCUUCUCUGUUCACUAUUGUCUUCGCCGACGCCCUGAUACUUUUGCUCUGGCUGGUACUCUGGGUUCCCGUGCAAAAUUUCUUCCUCGAUCUGGCCCAGGCUUUUAUUGCAAUAGCCUUGGGCGGUGCCGCUGCCGGUAAGAACGGUGCGACAAAUAGUGUGUUUAUAUGUUUCUUCAUCAUUCUUUCCAACCAUCUCUUCAGAUUCAGGCCUCUCCGGCAACACCUUCUGCAGAUUCUGUAUACUGGGCUCGCCCGGGGAGGCCUGGAAUUUCUGUCGAGCCCACCGAGUGUGCCAACCUAUUUGGAAAGCUUCUCAACCCCCCACGGAUGGCCGCGAAGCCUCCUGGGGAUCCACAUUUUAGCUCAAGGCGUCGUUCGCAUCAUCCGGCGAUCUCUUUCCAGACGUGACACUGUUCAAUCCCUCCCGACGGGUAAGAAAACCGAUCCUGAAGCUGGCGUGCACCCCCAGCGUUCCUCCACUGCCCCCGCCGAUUCCAGCUCCGAGGUCCCCAAUUUCUCGAGCACCGACGGCCGCCCCCCUGGGCCCUCGCCCGCAACAAAUACACACAAAGACAAGGCGAGUAGCAGCAGACGGAAGAGGAAGCAGGCCACGCAUGUCAGGAGUCAACAGCCGUUCUGGGCUGCCCUGGCUAGUACAAAAGUCACAGUUCUCAAGGAGAUGGAGAGUAGCCGAGCGGCCAACGACGCCGGCGAGGCUAAUGCAAAAGACGCAAAUCACAUUGGAAACGCUGUUUUUAGAUCGGAAGACGACCGUGUUUGGAUUUCUGAGGUCGGGCAUGCCGACAUUUCUUUUCGUGUUUGUUUGUUUGGUGCUAGCGACUGCGAAGGUGUGCAGGAACAAGAGGAGGAAGGCGUCGGAUCGGGCAUUGACAAGUCGAAGCCUUUCUACAUUCGUGUCAACGGUGCAGAUUGGAGUUCGACCCGCAUCCGACGCACCGUUCCCGACGGGUACGUGGGCGAGGAAGGAACAGGCUCAUGGGUGGGAGAAAUUUUCGGUCUUACGGGCCUUUCGAACUACUAUUGCGAGUUCGUUCGUACCAAAGAUCGCGAAGUCUUCUAUUCAGCCAGCCUUAUUACUUCCCCGAGCCCGGUUGCCGAACUUGCCUCGGUCGCCUCCCCCCCAGCACACCAGACUUUACGACCAUCUUCCCCCACUACGACUCUGAAGAACUCGAUUGCUGCCGCCGAUCAGCAGUUGCAGGAUCACCGCAAUCGUCUCAAGCGGAACAAGAAGGAUCACAAGGCCGCUGUAACAGCCAUCAAGAAAGAGGUGGAUACCCUGGGUACACGUCUUGGCAAUGCUGGAGGCAAUGACGAACGUCAGCGCCAGCGUGCUCUUCAGUUCACGCAGAAUAUCCGCCAAGCUGAAGAUACGACUGCCGACAUUGCUCUCAAAAUCGAUGCUCUAGGAGAGAUCCCAGAGGACGAGGUUACGAAGGCCUCGGCUAUCAAGCAAGAGUGGCAAAAGGAACGGAACAACAAGGAGGCUGCUUCAUCCGAGUUCGACAAUUUCAAGGCGGAUAUGGAACGCCAGGCUCGCGCAAUCGAGUCGGACAUUUCUACCGCCCUCCAGAAGAGGGAGCGCUUACAACAGCGCCUUGCCAGACUUAAUGAGCAGUACGACCGUCUCAUCACCGCCAACGAAGAGGGCUAUACUGCUAAGCAACGCAAAGAGCAAGAACGUGUUGCAUUGGAGAAUGAUAGGUUCCGUGUUGAAGGUCAAUAUCGCAGCAACAUUGAGAACUUCGAGCAUCGUGCCAAUGAUUACCAUCUUUCUACUACUCAGAUGGUACAUCAAAUUCAGCAGCUUGAAGCUAUCCUUCUCCAGCAACAGCAACAGCCAACUUCUGUGCCUGCAACUCCCGAUGGUCCUCACCCUGGCAUGAACAAUAUGUCUCCUUACGCCAACCCCUUCCAGAGCUUCACUUUCCCAUCCUUCGGCAAUCAAGUCAAUAGCACCCCGGGUUCUAUUCGUGGCGGUCGCGGCCGCUCCUCCUCUAUGCUUUCCAACGUUUCCGGCUUUACCGAUGGUUUUGACGAGAUGGCCUCGCCUUCUAUGCACGUCAUGCACAAUCCCUUCCACGGUACCGGUCUCCUCAAUGGCAGGCAGGGAAGUCACGGAAGCGGUAGUCUAAGUUCCGGCACCUCGAGUCAAAGCUCCAGCCAGCGAGAUCCCAUGAGCCCGGUACCCAACUCGAAGCCUAUGUUUAGGAGUCCGAAUGGUGGCAAUGCGGGGCUAGCAAGUCCAAUGAGUGGUGGUCGUUAG